CGGAGGGAGAGCGGCGCGCGCCGAGGGUCGCGGCCGUCCCGCUGGGAUGUGAACGGCGACAUCGGUUGAGGUCAUUCCUUGGAUUAUAAAGCACAUAGGGUGCAAUGGCAGAUCCCAUCCACUGGACCCGGUAUCGUUGGCAGCAACUGAUGUCUACAGAAGGCAGACAAGAAGGCAGCAGCUCAAGUAACAACUGCUGUCAAGCAAAAAAAUCUAUUGGCAAACAUAGGAUAGUGAUACCCUGCUUGGGACAUUUUAAGGAAGAGUAUGAAAAGGUAUCAAAACUGUAUAUGAACAACAAAAUACGGACUACUAAAUAUACUUUACUGAAUUUUAUACCACGCAAUUUAUUUGAACAAUUUCACAGAGUUGCCAAUUUGUAUUUCCUGUUUCUGGUUAUUUUAAACUGGGUUCCCCUGGUGGAGGCUUUCCAAAAAGAAAUUACAAUGCUACCUUUGAUAGCAGUUUUGACAGUAAUUGCCCUGAAGGAUGGUCUGGAAGAUUACUCAAAAUAUAAAAUGGAUAAGCAGAUAAACAACUUACUAACCAAAGUGUAUAGCCGGAAAGAGAAGAAAUACAUAGAUGAAUGCUGGAAAAAUGUCAAUGUUGGAGACUUCAUCCGGCUUUCGUGUAAUGAAAUUAUUCCUGCUGACAUGGUGCUGUUAUAUUCCAGUGACCUGGAUGGGAUCUGUUACAUUGAAACUGCAGGUCUUGAUGGAGAAACCAAUCUAAAACAGAGGCAGGUGGUGAGAGGAUAUUCAGAGCAGGUCUCUGAAAUUGAUCCAGAAAAAUUUUCUGGUAGAAUAGAAUGUGAAAGUCCUAAUGAUGACCUCAAUCACUUUCGAGGCUUUGUUGAGAAUUCAAGCAAGGAUCGAGUGGGCCUCAGCAAGGAGAACUUAUUGCUGCGAGGAUGCACAGUAAGAAAUACAGAAGCUGUUGUAGGCAUUGUGGUAUAUGCAGGUCAUGAAACCAAAGCCAUGCUGAAUAACAGUGGACCUCAUUACAAGCGCAGUAAAUUGGAAAGAAAAGUGAAUUCUGAUAUUCUGUGGUGUGUUCUGCUUCUAAUUUUAAUGUGUUUAACAGGUGCAAUUGGCCAUGGAAUUUGGUUAAGUAGGUAUUCAGAAAUACCUUUUUUUAACAUCUCUGAACCAGAUGGCAAAUCGAUUUCUUCUGUGUUAGCAGGGUUCAAUAUGUUCUGGACAAUGAUCAUUUUAUUACAGGUCUUGAUUCCUAUUUCUCUGUAUGUUUCAAUUGAAAUUGUCAAACUGGGACAAAUUUAUUUAAUACAGAAUGACAUUGAUUUUUACCAUGAGAAAACAGACUCUACAAUUCAGUGUCGAGCACUGAAUAUUGCUGAAGACCUUGGCCAGAUUCAGUAUAUCUUCUCAGACAAGACUGGAACACUCACUGAAAAUAAGAUGGUUUUUCGGAGGUGCAGCAUUGCAGGACAGGAGUAUUGCCAUGAAGAAAAUGCAAAGAGGUUGGAAUCCUAUCAAGAGAAGGAUUUGAAAGAUGAGGAUUCAGCUGAAGGUCCUUGUGCCUCUCUGGGCCACACAUUAAAAUGGAGGGGACACGACUGUGGAGCCGAGAAUGAAUCUUUGAACAGAAAGUCUUCAAAUCUGUUAUCUGGUAUUUACCCUGAAUUAGGAAGGGAGCGUUCAUCAGGUGAUGCUCCCUGCUCAGGACAUGUUGCUUUCAGCAGCUGCAUUGAAACAGAUGUUGUACCAGAUACACAACUGCUGGAGAAAUUUAGACGUGUUUCUUCUCUUUCCUAUCAAGAAUCAGAAGACGGUAUCAGCAAGUUAGGUUUGGAGACAAUGUACAUCACUGACUUCUUUCUUGCUCUGGCAAUCUGUAAUACUGUUGUUGUUUCAAUCCCCAAUCAGCCACGUCAGAAGAUGAGACGCUCUUCACUGGGAAGAAUGCCUAUUAAAUCCCUUGAGGAAAUCAGGCAGAUGUUCCAGAGGUUGUCAGUCCGUAGACUAAGUUCGUCCCCACUUCCAAGUAUAAAAGAGUCAUCAUCUGAAAACCCAAACAGUUUUGUGAGCAAACUGCCUAUUUUCAGAAUGAAACCGGCUUCACCUGCUUUGGAUGGGGCUGCUCAAAAUGCUGCUGAACCUCACAAUCUGAACAGCCCAGAAAAUCCCCAGUUACCCAAAGAAUGUUAUACAGUGAAUGUAGCUGCUGGCUGUGAAACCCAUGGUGCUGAGUCAUCUGCUGAAUGGUCUCCCUUACCUAAGCUUUGUUAUGAAGCUGAAAGUCCAGACGAAGCUGCCUUGGUCCAUGCUGCUAAGGCUUAUAAAUGUAUUUUACAGUCUAGGACUCCUGAUCAAGUAACUGUGGAUUUUGCAGAUCUGGGAUCUUUAACAUUUCAGCUUUUGCAUAUCCUGCCUUUUGACUCAGUGCGAAAAAGGAUGUCAGUAGUGGUUCGGCAUCCAGUCUCCAACCGAGUGGUGGUGUACACGAAAGGUGCAGACUCAGUCAUGAUGGAUUUGUUGGGAACUGCAUCUGAAGAUACCAAGAAUUCAGAAAUGGAAAAGAAGAACAUUAAAGAAAGAACCCAGAAUCAUCUGGAUGACUAUGCCAGAAAGGGACUGCGCACUCUUUGUAUUGCUAAAAAGGUGAUGAGUGAUGAAGAAUAUACAGAGUGGUUAAAUAAUCAUUUUUUAGCAGAAACCAGCAUUGACAAUAGGGAGGAGCUGCUGCUGGAAUCCGCCAUCCGGCUUGAAACCAAACUAACUUUGCUUGGUGCCACUGGCAUUGAAGAUCGCCUGCAGGAUGGUGUUCCAGACACAAUACAGGCAUUACGGAAAGCAGGAAUAAAAAUAUGGAUGCUGACAGGUGACAAGAGAGAGACAGCUGUCAACAUCGCCUAUGCUUGUAAAUUGCUGGAGCCCGAUGACAGAAUCUUCACGCUCAAAUCACAAAGUAGAGAUGCUUGUGCUUUGGUGAUGAACAGUAUUUUAGAACACAUGCAAAAAAACACUGCUGAGCAAAAAAAAGUAAAUCAGAAACUUGGGAAUGCCUCUGCAAGUCCUUCUACCCAAGCUCAAGGCUUCAGCGCAGGCCUGGUUAUUGAUGGAAGGACUUUAGAGCAUGUCCUUCAGGACAGCCUGCAGAAUGUUUUCUUGGAGCUCACAGAAAAAUGUCGAGCUGUAGUCUGCUGCCAAGCCACACCACUGCAGAAGAGUGUGCUGGUCAGACUGGUGCGAAAUAAGCUGAAGGCAAUGACGUUAGCUGUAGGUGAUGGUGCCAAUGAUGUCAGUAUGAUCCAGGUAGCUGACACUGGUGUGGGAAUCUUGGGCCAAGAAGGCAUGCAGGCUGUGAUGGCAAGUGACUUUGCAAUUUCUCAGUUCAGGCAUCUCAGGAAGCUGCUGCUUGUCCAUGGUCACUGGUGUUACACCAGGCUUACCAACAUGAUACUCUACUUCUUCUACAAAAAUGUGGCCUACGUGAACCUCUUAUUCUGGUACCAGUUCUUCUGUGGGUUUUCAGGCACAUCAAUGACUGACUAUUGGAUCUUGAUUUUUUUCAAUCUCCUUUUUACAUCGGUGCCACCCAUCAUUUACGGUGUCUUGGACAAAGAUGUGUCUGCAGAGAUACUCAUGCAGAUCCCACAGCUGUAUAAGAUGAGCCAGAAAUCUGUGGCCUACUUGCCUUCAACCUUUUGGAUAACCUUGCUGGAUGCUUUUUACCAAAGUCUUGCUUGCUUUUUUGUGCCUUACUUCACUUACUAUGGCUCAGACAUAGACAUUUUUUCUUUUGGAAACCCUAUAAACACAGCAGCACUUUUUAUAAUAUUGUUUCACCUUCUCAUUGAGUGCAAAUCCGUGACUUGGAUUCAUACGAUAGUUAUAGUUGGCAGCAUCCUAUUUUACUUCAUUUUUGCUCUGGCUUUUGGGGCAACCUACAGAACCCUUAAUCCACUAUCGAAUCCUUACCGGAUCAUGGAAAAGCAUAUGGCAGAUCCAGUUUUUUACCUAGUGUGCCUCCUGACUACUUGUGUUGCUCUGCUACCCAGAUACUUCCUGAGAGCUCUCCAAGGAACAUUGUUUCCAUCUCCAGUGUUGAAAGCCAAGCACUUGGACAAACUGAUCCCUGAGGAGAAGAGGGAAGCAAUUAAGAAAUGGAAGGAUGAACGCAUUGUAAGCUGUAGAAUGGAGUUGCAGGUUACUUCUGGGUCUACUGGCUCAGCCACGGGUACUGUAUUAAAGGAAGAAAGCAUUGCCAGUGUUGUACCGCUUUCUAGAAUACCUUUUCAUGACUGUUCAAGGGAUGAGUUAGUGGAGGAAGAGCCUGGGAAUAGAAGUAACUUGAACUCUGAAAAGACUGCAUUUCUGAAUUCAAAGAGAAGUGAUUCAGAUGUCUGAUGUGCCAAAGUCUUUGCACGUACUAAUGAAGAGUGCAGCAGUGCCAUUUCUCUAGAAUGCAAAGCAGGUUUGAAUUCUUUGUUAUGUGCACAAAAUGGUUUAAUGUUAUUUAUAAAGUUGGAAUGUGAACCACUGAAAAUCCAAGAAUAACUGCCGGUGUAUGCUACAAUAUGAUUUUUUUUUUUUUUUUCAGCCAAGGUAGAUGAUGCACUCAUUUACCUAAAAGCUUUUGAGUUUGUAAAGCUUUUCAGUGAUUUAUUGAAGUGUUAAAGGUCUAAAUGGCUAGAGGUUUUAUUUUCUCAUGCAGUAUACUUUGCAUACUGCUUCUCUCUUUCAUGCAACACUGCAUAAUGCCUCCUACAGACAGGACACGGUAUGAAUUGUAGACCUACAGAUUCAGUUUAGAUAAAAUCCACUCUAUCACAAGCCAUGCUACUCCCUUGCAUUCCUGUCCUAUUAUCACAGCGUUGCCUGGAAUUCAUAGCUUACUGAGAUAGGAAGCAAGCAGAAAGGCUCAGAUGUAGUGGUUUUAGAUUGUUUAUUACAAAACUUCUCUAAUGUUUUUAAUACAGUAAUUAUCUUAACCACUGUGGUCCAGCUCCUCCAUGACCAUCUCAGCAUGAUCCAAACACUAUUUAAGCCAUGAGGAAAGUGCCCUGGAUGAGACAUAGAAAUCCCAUAUCUCCUUCACAUUCCCACAGAAAAUCUUUGUGCAGCUUCUUGUUCUCCAGGGUACUUCAUCCUCCUGCUACAUCCCCUCUCUUUGUCUCCUUUUUUCCUUUAAUCUCAUUCACCACUGACUGAUCUUUUUCUCCUCACCCAACUUGGAUAUUGGCUGCCUGACUUUUCUCUAGGCUUUUAAACUCAUGCCUGCCCUGGAAAAUCAUCUGCAAGUGGUGAUGGGAAGUUCCUGAGUGUCUUCAGAUACAGCAGCUUGUAACUAAUGGCAUUUCUCUUUUUCACUCUCAGUUGUUUUCACAUUCCUCCAGACUUUCAUAUUAAACAGCAUGAGCAUUGCUAAAUGCUGCUCAGAAGACUGUGUAGCCAUUUGUAUGCCUCAAAUUUGAGCUCUGUUGUUGUGUAAAUGUCUUGGAGAUGUUCCACCUCUGCCAGUUCCCCACUGCUCUUCACACUAUGUAAGCUGAGAUGAGUGUGACUCUUUCUAAAUAUUGUUUCCUUUUUACUUUCCUGCCCAAAAAGUUAUAUGGCCAAUUUAUGGAGGAAUCUGUGAAAUUGUUUGUGUCUGCUAGCACUUACUGAAAUAAACUAUUUCCUUAAACCGUA